AUGGACAUGAUGAACAGCGAACCACUCCAAGAGCUUGUCUAUCUUGGUACAAUAACUUACGACCUCAUAAUCACGCUUCUCGCACUUGUUUAUAUAACUGUUGCUCUACGGUUAUGGGUUCGCUUUCGCAUUACGAAGACCCCAGGCUGGGAUGAUAUAUCGAUGGUGGCGACACUGCUCCUUUUUACGUGCUACUGUGCUUUCAUCUUUGUAGUAAUCUUCCGUUCCCGAGAACGGCGACUCUUCAGCCCAGACUCGAUCCGCAUAACACUCGUAUUCAUUCAACUCUCUGAAGUUUUCUACAUCCUCACCACGACACUCCUCAAAGUCUCUCUCGGCCUCUUUUUCCUCCGCGUGCUCACUGCUCCUUGGCAGACCCGCAUUUUUCACACACUACUUUCAGUCAGCACGAUGUACGGCUUCGUAUAUGCCCUCAUCACCAUCUUUCAAUGCGGAAACCCUUCCAAAGUCGCCGAUAGUCUACUCGGUAGUCCGAAAUGCCUACCAGGCCCAACACUGUUGGCUACUGGAUAUCUCUACGGCUCUAUCAACGUGCUAGCAGACUGGACCUUUGUGCUCAUACCGAUAAGCGUGUUAGUGGGGAGUGAUCUAGACCGGAAAAGUAAGAUCAGCGUGAGUAUGGUCAUGGCGCUUGGAGCAGUCGGGAGUGUGAGUAGUAUAAUGAGAAUGGUAUAUCUGCAUGGUCUUGCGCUCAAUGGAGGCAAAGGGUUGUUGCCAAGCUCGAUCAAAGCGACAAUUUGGGCCACCGCAGAGCCUGGUACAGGUAUUAUUGCUGCCUCUGUUGCCAUUCUGCGUCCUCUUCUUCGCGUGAUGGCAUCUGUUGCAAGGAGAAAAGUCAUCUCGUUCGAUUCGAAUAAGAAUUGCAAUCUAUCGGAGUCGGAAACCAUUGCUCUUGCCUCGCAGAAGCCAUCAAUAUACUCUGGUUGCUCGGUUGAUUUCCUGAGUCCGACAGUGGUGGUGGGACAGGUGAUUGUGCAGAGUGUCAUGAGUGUUCGAACUGCCGAUGGCAGAGAGAUCCCCAAGCAAAUGAGGGUUUUUGUAUGA